AAUCGCAAAAUAUCGGGCCACGCGGCGCGUCAAAUUUGACAGUGGUUUCGUACCGAGGACACCAUCGCGGGGGCUUUUCCCGCUUCUGGAAACCCUCGAAAAACCCUCGCCUUUCACUCUUCCCCUUCUCCGGUGCAUAUCCAUGGAAAGGAUCCCGAUCAUCUCCAUCUCCGACCUCGUCAAGCUCGGCCGCCCUCUUACAGGCGCUGCCUCCCUGUGCCCAGCGCCAUCGGCCUCUCCUCCGCCCAAAAAACCUAAAUGUGACAUUUCAGAUGAGGUUCCUGUCAAAAUUCCUCUUUUCGCUGACCAUUGUGAAAAUUCCAACCCUGGCACCUUCUCUCCCUUGAGCCGUCCCGUGAUCAUAGUUGGCACCGUCGAGCUGUUCCCUUGGGAUGCUAAGAUUUCCCUCGGCUGUUUGAAUCAUUGCUUCUCGUUCUCAGAUGGCUCUUCGAGAGUCUGCUGCUACUUCCUGGAUUUCGACCUCAGGAUGCUAAGAUUUCGACCUCAUUGCUUUUCGUUCCCUUGGGAUGCUAAGAUUUCCCUCGGCCGCAAAGUCAAAAUCUUGGCGUGGAAUUUCUUACCACUCAAGCAUGGUGAUAGGGGAGUUCUUGAGGUGAUCCGAUGGAGCUUCACAGAUUUUGAAGCGGCAUUUGUUUCUGAUUCGUUACUGUCUAUGACUUCUGCUUGUUCUUCACGAGAAGCCAACAUGAAGUGCCGUGGUGGUGCCUUUGGCAUUCUCAAGGCUGUUAGCUCCAUCUUCCGUGUACCUUGCACGAAGCAAAAAGAGGAUAACUUGAGAAAUUCUGGGAGAAACCUCAUGAGUAGAGGAGACCUGACAGGAUUCCUCGUGGAGAUACUUACCUGUGUCUGUGAUGUUUGCAAUGAAUCUAGUUUUGUAGCAGAACGUGAUGACCAUCAUCUGAAAAACAAGGACUGCCAUUCCUUCAGUAAUUCAGUAUUUGUCUAUUUCAUGCAACCUAAUUUUUUAUGGCGGCCAGCACUCUAUAGGUUGAUUGGGAAGUCAAUAACUAUUUCAAGGUUGAAGAGGAAUUUGAUCUUUGUUGGAAAUGAAGUGUCAUAUGAGAUGUUUGUCUCAACACCAUCAACUAUGGUAUCUUUGACUAACCAUUCAGCAAAUUGUAUUUAUGAAGAAAGUUUGAAAAAAAGUGAUGAAGGCAUGUACAAUGGUGUUGUUACUGGAAUUUACAUGCAAGGAAUGGUGAUUGAAUUGGACGAUAAAGUCUUGCUACUGAUUCCUGAUCCUCCACAACAUUCUUUGAGGAUGGGUGCCAUUGUUUCUGUUAGAAAUUUCCAUUUUAUUCAUGUUAAGUAUUCCUGGGUCAAGAUAAUCCUUCUUGGGACAUGUGUGAAGACAUGCAUCAGUGUCAAAUCCUUUUCCAUGACUGAUAUAAGGUCUCAUUCUAAAUCUGAGGGUUCAAGUCUUUUGGAGAGGUUUCUUGAAUCUCUAACAUACUCAGCUAAACUUUGGAUGUUACUUCUGGUCUCGUGUUUUAAAAAAAAAUUUGGUGGAAUAUUUUCUUACAAGGAUAUUUUGGGAUCAAAGAAAAAGGAAGGAUUUGCACAAACUUAUGCUACAACAUUGUUGCCUCCUAGUGCCUUUGAAACAAAGUCAGGAUUGUUUACUAAUUUCUGCAAACAUGGUCGGUGCAGUUACCAAAUGGAAAGCUUAUCAUUCCUUAAAUUGGUGAUACCAAUAUCUAAUCUCAGAAGCUGGUGUGAAGUGUCUUGGAUUUCAUUGCUAGCACAAAAACACAAUGAUAAUAACCAAUUUGGAGAAAGCCCAUAUUUUGAACAGUUAUACCACAGAGAACCUUUGGGCAAUGACAUGAUUAGAAGAAUUUUUUCAAGUGAUGAUAUGAGCUUUGUUUUGGUAGGCAUGUUGAAGGUUUCUCCAUAUUCAGGAAGGUUGCAAUUAACUGAUGCAACUGGAAGCAUUGAUGCUGUGGUGCCAGAUUUACCAUUGGAUGUGAACUUCCAGGCCGUUUAUGAGGUCAAAGAUUAUAAACUUGUAAUUGAAGGUUCGUCAAAGAAAAUUUAUAUGCAGCAGCAGUAUUUGGAUGAACCACUCUCGUGCAGAACCAUAUUUCAGCAUUUUUCUCCCAGAGCCUCAUCACAGCUUGUGGUUUAUGUUCAUUUCUAUCUCAAGAAGUCAACUUGCAUGCAUUUCACUCAAUUUUCUACUUACAUGGACAACAGUGACUCCUUGAAGUGUAAUAGUGGUGAAAUGUUCCACCUAUUAUAUGUCACACACAAAUUUCCUGCAUAUCACAGUCUUCAUGAGGAUGUCAGUUUGUCAAACAGCUCUGGUUUGUUUGCUGAGGCUUUUAUGUCGCCUUAUAAUUUGAUUCCUUAUGUGACAAGUGAACUUGAUCAAUUUGCAGAAAUUUUCCUCACAAAUCUAGAUAAGAAGUCUGAUUGUAUUGAUAAUUUCUUGAGAGAGAAUUAUCGGUCCUCCCAACUUCCAUGUUUGCUCGUGUUGAGUAGAAGCAAUUCUCAGUCAUUUCAGUUUCCAUUUUAUUUACAUUGUGCUCGUGGGUUCAAAGACAAUGGCAUGCUUCAUAAUCACAGUGAUUCAAAAAUCUUGUUAGAGUUCAGUUCUAACAACUUAGACAAGUAUCAGAUGCUUCGUGUAGGAUCAUAUUAUCUUCUGAAGUGCUCAGGAAAGGGUCUUGACUGCAAAUCAAAAGCCUGUAAGCAUAUAACACAAGUAAAGCCCCUUGUAAUCUCUGAAUCAAUUAUCUGGAGGCUUUCUAUACUAUUUGACGAAGGAAAGCAUCAGAAUGGGCAAUCUCAACAUGUUUGUUCUUGUGUUUCUUCAGUGAGAAAUGAUAAAUGUUUAACUGAAAAUUUUUGUCAACCUGGGCAAACAUUCCUACAUUUGAAUGAUGAAACUCAUGGACUUUCUGAUGUUCAUCUGCAUAUGUAUAGUGAGGCAAUCAAUCAAUUGGAAGAAUUGGAGUCCUUGCUGAAGAGUUUUCACAGUAUUUUUCCUUCUUUGGAUAAAAUAACAACUGUGUCAUCAUGCAUCCAACAAAUGAUGGCUCAGGCUGCUCUUACGUCUGGAAUUCUUAUUCCAGCCAAUGAAUUGCCUCAAGGAAAUCUGCUAUCGUUAAGUGGAAAUAUUGAGAGUAUUUCCAUCUAUGACUUCAAACCUAAAUGUGCAUGCUCUAGUUUCACAGUUUGUGAACACUGGAGUACAUGUGAAGUCUGUAUGCUUGUAAAUGAUGAUUGCCAUACGGUGCGGAUUCGUGGUAGCAUAAGCAGAUAUGCUUAUCCUAUUGGAUUAGGUCAUGCAGUGAAUGCAACCUUCCACAAGGUCCUGCUGACUCAAAAUUCAAGUCAGACAAAAGAAUUGAUGUUGACCCCAAUGUCAUUUAUUGUGGUUAACACCGUGAAGGAAAUUUGCCCUCUGGUUAAUGUUGAAGGUUUGAUUCAAGAGUCCAGACGGAAUAUUCCAUACGAAGUAUUAAUAAAUACCAAAUCAUCGUCGUGUUUGAUCUCAAAUGUGCUGCAGUGCACUGACUGUGAUCUCAUCCACCUUAACUGCAGGGCUGUGUGUAUCAUUACUUUGGUACUGGAGAACCAGACACAUGGACCUGUAAUGUCGCAACCUGUAGGCUAUCCCAAAAUAACAACAGCAAGUAUCCCUCUACUUGGCUUUCUAGUAGAGGAUGGAUCAUCCUUAUGUUAUUGCUGGGCUGAUUAUGCUCGAGCUGAGACAUUGCUUCUGCUACAUGAAUCAAGUCAAAUGAUUUUUAGUAGUGGUAAGAUAGUAAGAGGGCCUGAAAAGAAAUAUUCUCAGCGUACUACUGAGUACCUUCUAUACGAGAUGCUUAAAAAGCAUCAGAGGAUCAUCGUUAGAAAUCAUGGUGCUGCUCCUGACUUGUCCUGUGUAGACUUAUCAUUUUCGAUUGACUCGGAUCAGGUUUUCAGUAAUGCAGAAGAAAAACUUCUGAGGUCCAUCAUCAACAAUGCAUGCCAUGCACCAACACUUCAAAAAGGUGAAAUUGUCACCUCGGCAGCUCCUCUAAGGUGAUCCUCCGCUGUCUGGAAGGGAGGUAAAUCACGGGGGAUUUCGCUUAGCAACAACAGCGAAUGCGAGGGGUUGAGGCAACUAGAGACAUUUCACACUCACUGGGAAUCGACCCUAGACCUAUUGACAGCAACACCCUUGCAUGAACCAACCACGCCAGCCUGAUUGUAUGGAAGGUUAUAGAAAGAUAUCCGAGAAAGAAAAAAAUAGUGACAUUCCAAGAGUGAUCCACUAGCAAAUCAUAGGUUGUGGAGUAGGAAUCGAGGGUUUCUAAUCAUGUAAAUAAAUUUGUUCGAUUUGCUUGUGUUUUAUGUUUUUGUUGUGUAUUAACAAAUUGUAGGUACAAAACAAAAGCGAUUGGCUACCCUCUACCCCCUUUCUCUAGCUGUAAUCUCGAUCCAAUAGAACUUAGGUUUUUUCAAUGAUUAGGUAAGAUAUGCAUCUUAGAAUCCAUAGAUUGUUAGUUUUCAACUCAUGCUUUGGUUGUUGUGAAAUUUUUGAAUGUUAGCAAAUUUUCUUCACCAUAAAAACUAACUUUUGUUAUAAUUUUCUUAGAUUACCCUUUGUAAAGCUCACAACCUGCUGUAGGAUAUAUACCUCCAUGCUUGCUGAUUUUGUUGGACAACUCCUUUAUCAAGCAUGCUUAAGCUUGAUACUGAUGUGUUUUUAGGUCCACCUUUUAGUGUAGUUGGAUCCUUUGAGAUUGCAAUGACACCUUUAUUGAUGGAUUUAUGAUGUGUACUAGCCCAACAAUCAUUCUUGUUCAAUGUAGUUGGCCUUGAUAAGGAUUGGCAGAUGGUCAUUAGGCGCCCAGUUGUUGACAGAGAAUCACAGUGGGUUUCUAGUAUAUCAAUAAUCACACAUUGAUGCCCAUUUCUUAAUAAAUAAUGUAUGCUAGAUAUAGUAGAUUGCUAAUUGUGAAGUUUGACAGUAGGAAUCUUUAUCUUUAAUGCCCCCUGAGUGCAAUUAUUAUUCUGUUUGGAUGACAAAAGAAACCAUUUGCUAAUGCAUCAUUCUUUGUUCUUGACUACUUAAUCUUCAAUGUUGAUUGCAUGCUGAGGGUUGUAGGGUGCAUUCCUUUGUAAUGCUAAUUAGUUUCAUGAAUAAAAGUUUUGGCUCAAUUUGAGAGCAUUGUUGACAAAAAAACAGGGAUAAAUAAAUAUAAACUAUGAAAAACCUUUGGAAACUUUGAUUUAGUCGUUUGUCUCAUGUUGUGCCUGAUCGUAAGUCUUAUGUUAAAUUGAAAAUAUAUUUAGUUAAUGUGUUAACUGAUCCCAAAUACUCACCUGCUAAUGAUGAUUAGGAUUAUCUAUCUAAUGUGUUUUUUAUUAUUAUCAACUCUGCUAUGCUUCAUGUAAAACUUGUGAUCUUACAACCGUUUACCUUCUGCAGGAAUUUUCAAUGCUUCCAUCCAUCUUACUCACUUUUAAGAUUUAUCUAAUGUGUUGCAGAAUUGAUCUAUGAAGAUAAUAAGUACUCUUUAUUCUACAAAUUCAACAUGAAAACCUUGAUUUGGCCUUUAAACUUCUGUUUGAUAUACAAUUUUCUUGCACUUUACCUUUGUAAUAUGCUAUUAACUUUAUGAAAAGAAAAGACAUGCAAGCUAUACGACUGUGUACAAACUUCCAACCAAUGUAUCAGAAAGGACUUAUUUAGUGGUCCUAUUUCUAUAAUUCUAUUAGAAUGCAGUCAUGAUGAACCAAGAGACACAGUUGUCUUAUAUCAUAGGUAAAUGAGUUCCAAAAAACUUGUUAGAAUUGGAAAGUGGCUUUUUUCUAGACGUUUGCAUAGCUUUUGCACUUUUAAUAUCAUUACACUGAUGUUUCUGUUCUAUUCUGCAUAGAUAUACUGCCUUGAUUACCAAAUGAUUAAUCCUUUGAUUAGUGUUUUCAUAAUCUUACCUGCUUUUUUAGGGUUCGAUGCAACACCACAAAAGUGUAAUUGAGUAUUUCAAUAAGAAAUGAGUUUUUUCAAUAUUUCUUUUCAGAAGAAACCUACUAUGCCGUUUAGUUUCAAUACUUUCAAUACUCAUGAUCGGACUGUGAAACUAAAUGGGACUCAUAAAGCUCAUGUGCAUUCCAAGGAUGAGGUCACCAAGACAGACUAUCAUACUUGAGAAAUGUGUGCACCAUAAAACCCUGAGAUCACCAAGAUAGACUAUCAUACUUUCAUAAUACGCAGGCUGAUGUACUUGCAAAAUAUAAUCCCACAAUCGAUGUAACAUCAUUGAUUGCUGAACUAAAGCCGGCAGAUAAAUUGGGCACUGAUUCUUUGGACUAUUUCAAGAGCUCCCAUCAUGUUCUCGUAUACUACAAGGAUCUUGUCAACAACCUGAUUAAGUUGAUGGAUGUUUGGGAUUUCUUAAAGUUACUCAAGCAGAAGUUUUUUAGCUGCCACGUGAAAAUUUACAAGAAGCCAUUAUCUGAUCAGAUUGAGAACUGGGGUUCUGUUUACACUGCACUGAAGGGAACACAGUAGGAGGUUUUCCUAGACACUGACUACCAAUUGUAGUAAGAGAUUAUUACCGAAUUUGUAUAUAAGAUUUCUUGUUAUUUUUCUUUCACUUUAACGGCAGUGUUCACAUCCAGCAAUCUGUUGGGCAAGUUUUGAUCCUCUUAUUCUAAUAGAUUCCAAGAAUUAUGUGAUUCAUUCAUCUGUAUAUCAUUCUAACUUGUACACUUUUGCUACAUCUGAUCAAUGAUUUCGUUCCAGAA